AUUACAUAUGCUUCAAAACUUUCGAUCAUUUUAUGAUUUAUCCAUUGGAACUGACAGAUCAAUGGAUUGUUCAUUGUUAAUAGGUUCUAAUUCUUAACAAAUUUCUAGCUGUAAGAAACGUACGGAUCGAUCGAAACGAGAAAACAAUAUGAUUAGAAUGACUGGAGGCCACACCUCGUAAAUUAUGAUCGAAUUGAUUUGCUUGUGUCGAUGACUUCUGCGUUACUACUAAAGCUAAUAAUCAUGUAUAAUAUUUUAUCUAGAUACGUUUUAUUAUUUCUUUCUUUCUUUCUUUCUUUUUUUUUUAUCUUGUAAACUCGUAGAUCAGUACAAUUCGAAACGAUCAGCCGAAUAAGAUCGAUCAGAAUCUCUCUGAAAGUUAUUAUCGAAUUCAUUUACUUACAAAAGUUCAAUGGCUUUUGAAUAUAAGUAUAAAUCUAAUGAUUAAUCUCUUACAUCAUCUCAUGUAUACGUUAAUUGUGAUUUAUUGUUUAUUUUUGUCUUGUUAAUUAUUUUUUAUUUUUAUAGAUUAGAUUAAGAAACGUAUAUUCUUGAUAGAUAUACAUGUGGUACCAAAUGGUGUUCAUUCUUAGAAGAACGUUGUUAAGAUUGUUAAGAAGAGAAGGGAACUUCAUAAAAUUUAUCGAUCUACCGUUCUACGCGUAUAUCUACUACUUGAUUCAAAAUCAGUGUUCCAUCUAUAUAUGUACUCUAUACAUUUCUUUCUCUACUGACUUUUCUCCUUAUGUAAUCGCGUGACUCCGGCGCAAGGAUGCGGUUAGACCUUUCGAAGCGUGUCUCUUGGUGCCGAAGUCACGUAAGACGCACAUUACUCAGUCACGAUCUUAAUUUCACUCUCUCACGUUGGCCGAAUAAUUACUUUAUACGCGAGCAAAAGAAAAAUAAAAAAAAAAACUGACAGCGACGAUGACUCCGAAAGUCAUUCGCAUUUCUUUUUUUGUAUCUUUCUUUUCUCUUUUUUCUUUUUUUAGAUCCAUUCUAAGCCAUCACUCGUCGUUACAUUUAAAACGACUGAAUUAAUGGUGGCUUUUUAUUAGCUGAUGUCAUACGUUGAUUCUCUUAUGAAACAUUUCAUCAAGAUUAUCCUAUCUCGAAUUUAUUUUGAUUUAGUUAGUCAGUUAAAAAUUGUUGUUUACCUGACUACACUACUUUUCUACAUCUUCGAUCUUUACUUUCAUCCUUGAAGCGACCUUCCAAAGGAAUGAAAGGCUCUCGGUAUCGUUAGUUUCAUCCUUAAACCGGUCUCAUACCGGAUGGCAAACCUUGGUGACGCGCGUUACUAUUUUCGAACGUGCAAGUAACAACGCGAGUUUAGCUAGCGAUUGAACUUGGAGAACGAAAGAGACAGAGAAGAGGCGUUUAUAAUCGGAGUUACGGUGAAUCAAGAGCCGGGUAAUCGGGCUUCCGGGAAUAUCAGGCUUUCUUGUCAGUUCUAAAUUUUCAACAUGGCUUACUACCUCCGUGCAGCGCAAGCGAAGCUAUCAAGUAUUUGGACUUCCAUAAUCUGCCGGAUACUAACUUUUCGUGCCAAGGAAAAGUGAUCGGUGGUUAUUAUGCGGAUCUCGAAACUGGAUGUCAAAUGUUUCAUGUAUGCACGAUCGGUCAGAAAGACUUGGUUUCAGACGAGAUUAUGGACAUAAGGUUCCUUUGUUUGAAUGGAACCAUCUUCGAUCAGGAGACUAGAGUCUGUGAACGUGUCGACGAGGUUGAUUGCAGUAAGAGCGAGCAGUUUUAUAAUCUGAAUUUGGAGCUCUAUGGCAACAAUGCCGUCACAUUUGGCUUACACGAGAGCGACGACGAAGAUAAUCCUUCAGAAUCCGUGGAAAAUAAUCAACGUACUACCUCGGUACAUCCUACAGCUGGCACUACAACGACUACAACAUCACGACCAAGUAAACCAUCUACUACAACGGCUAGAGGUUCAUAUCAACACUCAACUGGAUAUCCACAACAACAGUUUAGACAAGGAUAUCAUCAUCAAUACAUCCUUCACAAUGAUGAGAGAAACGAUAAUCAAGCGACUUCCUAUCAAUUGUUUAGUAAUCAAGGUGUUAGUUCUACAACCGUCCAAGAAGUACCUCAAGCUCAUCAAAUUAGAUUCAGUUCUACUGCAAGUCCACAAAUUAUUCGUAACGAACCAUCAACUAUAUCGCCACUCUUUCAUAUUACAUCUUCGACUAUUCAAACUUUAUUGGAUAGAAAUCCGAGUAAUCCGGCAUUGAUAAAUCCAAUUUAUAAUAAUCAUGGAAUUGUCAGUACUACAGAAUCUUUUAACGUGCAUAAUCCACGAGAUACGUCCGAGUAUCGUGACAAUGAACAUCGUAAGCAUAGUAUAACUCCUUUAGAAGCUAUCCAAUCAACCAACAAAGGAAAGGUUUCUAAAUUAUCGAUAUCUCCAGUACCCUCGCAACAAGAGGAACAGAAAGAUAGUCAAACUUCGUCCCAGCAAAGAAUUUCUUCGAACAUACUUCCUACUCCGGCUAGCGUUGAAACAACGAUUAAAUCUUUUUAUCCAACUCCAAGGACAUCGCCGAAACCUUUACCAUCGACAUCUUCUAAUGGACAAAUUAUUCAACACAUUCAUGUUCCACCUCCUAUUCCAGUUCCACAGUUAAAGCCACAUCAUAUAACCAUAAAUCUACCACCGCCAGAUAUUCAAAGGAUUAUACAAAAUCCACCACCACCCUUGCUACCUUCUCAAUCUAGGGUGAUUGUUACAGCUAAAGCUAGUGUUAGCGAUGAAACAGGAAGACCUCUUAACACUACGCAAUUAGUAACUAUACCUCUUCCUACGAUUCCGGCUACUUAUGACGAUUACAAGGAAGGAGAUGAAUCGUUUGAUCCGUUUUAUCGCGAUGUACCUAAACUUUGCAAUCAUCGUCGUGCUAUUUUACGUAAAGUUGAAAAAGGUCAUAGAAGAAAAAGAUUUUUAACGGAACUCGAUGAUUCUUCUACAGCUUAUAAAGAAACGAAUUUAAACUCGAGAGUUCAUGGUGUAGAUUCAGUAGAUAUAAAUUUAAGACGCUUGAGACGUACCAGUAUAUUUGAUGAUAAACGAUUGAAAGAAGAUAAAAAGGUCGAUAUAAGAAAUAGCGAUGGUAAUAAAAAUGCCGAGAAAAAUUCCGAGUCGCGCGUUAGAAUUAAAAAUGGUCAUACUCUUGAAGAUUUAGAAACGAAAGCUUCUCGUCAUAUAAAUUUAAAUUCGGAUGAAGAAGAAGAAGAAGAGGAGGAGGAGGAGGAGGAAGAGGAAGAGGAGGAGGAGGAGGAUCAGGAUGAAAAAAUAUCUGAACAUGUACAAAAAGAAUCUGAAGAAAAUGUAGAAAAUAUUCAUAGUUCUAGUAUAGAAGUAUUGGAUCUCAAUGAAUAUACAGAUUCUGAAACAGAUUCCAACGUAGAUGCAACAACUGAGUUAGUUGCAUCAAUUAAUAAUACCAAUACGAAUGAUGAUAAUAGUUUUGAGGUAACAUGGUUUUUGAAUAGUAAUACUACUAAAACUCCAGAUGUAGAUUCAGAUAUAGUUUCAUAUAACGAUUCAGAUAAGUCCAAUAAAAAUGAACAGGAAAGAGAAACUGAAAUAGUUUCUGAUAUGGGAAUUAAACGUAUUACGAAUAGUGAUAUAUUUACGUCGGAAGAAGAUAGUAAUAAAAAUGUAGAUAAAAAAUCAUCUACAAAUAAAAUAGCUAAACCUCUUAGUAUCGUUACAAAUUCUAAUAUCUCUUCUGUGGAUAAAAAAGAACCAGAAACAACAAGUUAUGGUAAUUCAGAAGAUAAAAUAAUAAAUGAUAAUAAAGAUUAUUUAUAUGAUGAGGAGGAUGAUGAAGUGGAAAAUCAUUCAGAAAGAACUGAUAAAAAAUCUAAUAACGAGAAGAUAAUUUCUUCCAAGAUAAUGGAAGAUUUAAUUACUACUACUGAGAUUGUUGAUACUUCUAGAAAUGAUACUCCAACAAAGAAACUUCAUUCGAGGAUAUCUAGAAGAAAAAUGUCUGCAAAAAGAAAGCAUCAAAAAGAAAAUGAUAGUGAGAUUGAAAUUAUUGAUUCUGAAGAUACUGAACUAACGACAAAUAUAUCUACCUCUCAUUUUGAAACAGAAGUUGAAGAACAGAUAGACAAUUAUGAUUCUAAUAAGUCUAAUAUACGAGACGUAAAAGCAAUCGAUUCUGUGAUAAAGUAUAGUUCUAAAUUUGCAAAAGAUAUAACAUCGAAUAAAGAAAAUGUUGGAAAGAAACGUACGCAAAUUAAUAACGUAGUCAAAUAUGAUUCCGAAAAAACGAAUGUAGAUAAUUUAGGGAAAAUAAAUAAUUCUAGUAGGUAUCAAUUACUAAAUGAUCAGAAAGCAUUAGAAUCAUCAAAUGAAAGUAUAGAGAAUAAAGAUGAAUCUAAUACAGAAAAUGGAGAAACUACGGAAGCAACGUAUGUUUCUUUAGAAAAUUCUGAAGAAAAAGUAGAUAUUACUAAUAAGAAAGUCAAUUCUUAUACAGAAGAGAUUUCAGUGGAACAAUAUCAAACUACAAAUGAUGUAUCAACGACGAAUGGUAAGGAUAAAGAAUUUGAAAAAACUUCAAGUGAAAUUUCUGACGAUAACGAACGUGAUCAUUUAGAAAAUAAAAAACAUUCUCACGAAGGAGCAACGACGAAGUUAGAAGAAAAUUAUUCGUCUGAAGAAGUUUACCACAAAGGCAAAGAUAAUAAUAUUACACAUACAGAUAAAGAAGAAUUUCACUUGCAUGAACAUCCUACGAUUAAAAAUAUAGAAAGUACAGUUUUAAGUGAAGAUUUUCCUGAAUAUGAUUAUCCUAUGAAUCAAUCAGAUUAUACCUGGGAUAAUAUAGACGAUUAUAAAGAAUCUGGUAGUAUAGAAGAUUUUACCGCUUCGAUAGAAUCUGACGAUCAUGAACAAGUAACAGAGUCAUAUGAAACUGCAACUAAUUCUGCAGAAAUUGAAAAUUCUGAAUCUGUUGAACAGGAAGAUAGUACGACAGGUGUUUUAAAAUUUAUUGACGAGUUACCAAGGAUAAGUAAAACGGAAAGUAAUACGGAAAAAGAGAUAGUCUCUGUUGAACCUUCUAUACAAGAUUACGUUGAUGAUAAUUAUGAGCCACAUAAUUAUAAGGAACAAGAGUCUCUGAUAAAUACUGAGAAUCCAAAUGAUGAUAAGAUGGAAAAAGAUAUUAAAGUUGUAAGUAUUAAUGAAAAGUUAUCAAAGAAUAUAGAUGAUAUUAAAACGGAUAAUAUUAAAUUGGAGAAAGAAGAACUAACACAAGAAAAGGACACUAAAGAUUUUUCAAAAUUGAUUGAAAGUAAUGAACAGCAAUUGACUACCGAAUCAACUUCAAAGAGCACAAUAGAGGCGUUGACAUUAUCAACGUUGAUAUCAUCAACAAUGUCAUCAACUACACUAUCACUAACAUCUUUGCCAUCAACGUCACCAACUACGUUAUCAAUAUCAUCUUUACCACCAACAACAAUGCCAACAAUAACUGUGCCAACAGUGACUGUAUCAACAACAACUGUACCAACAAUUGUACCAACAAUGACUAUACCAACUACGACUGUACCAACAACAACUUCAACCACAACUACUCGUUCUGUACCCAAUCUCUUUAAACCUUUUUCACUUAGAAAAAAUUACAAUUAUAUUCCUCCAACAACAACACCAAAUCCAGUGAUCAUAAAAUCGAGACUACCUCUGUUUAAUCCAAAACCAGCGAAACCGCCAAAAUCUUAUAAUGAGUUAGUACCAAAGCCAGUUAUUAGGAAACUUACUCUACCAACUCGAAGACCACCUACUACUGUGCCUACAAGCACUGUAAAAAAGAAUGAAGAAUUAAAUAUUGAAAGUACGACGAUUAAAUAUGUAGAAAAUUUAAGCGGAACUCAAAUUGUCACAUCAUCUACUGAUAGUACAGAUUCACAAUCUUUAAAUUCAAAUAUUGAAAAUUUCACUUCAUAUCCAUUAUCAAGAUUAUCAACACUCCCCACGGUAACAGAUGUUACUUCCCACAGCAGUGAUACAAAUAACAUUUCAGAUACUACAGAAACAAGUACAAUUACAAAAGAUAUAAUAAACGAAGAUAUCAUGGAUAUAUCGACUAUACCAACGGUUAUUCCCACUGUGACAGAUAAAGAAUACAUAGAUGAAAAGAAGCAUACAGAGACAGCAGAAAUUACAACUUCUGUGACUACUGGCUAUUAUUUUAACGAUGUAACAGUUACUACAACUGAAAAUGUACAUUCUAGUAAUCAUCCAAUCUCUACACCUAGUUCAACUAUAAUUGAAAAUGUGGAUAAAAUUCCAUCUUUAGAAUCGAAUCGACGAUUGAAAGACAAGUCGUUCUCCAUUUCAAAAAUAUAUGGCAGCUUUAAUUGUCUGGAAAGAGAAAUGUAUAGAUUUUAUGGUGACAUGAGAGAUUGUCGACUAUUUCAUUACUGCUCUCCUGGUUUUACUCCAAAGCAAGUCUUAGAUUUUCGCUUUGUUUGUGAAGAAGGUACUAUUUUUGAUGAAGAAAGUCAAAGUUGUCGACAUGACAUUAGAAGUACCAAGUGCCCUAAUAGACUGUGGUAAAUAAGAAUAUUUUUAAUUUGUCAAUACUUCUCCGUCCCAUAUUAUCUUGUGCUAUUGAUUUUAGUAAUUCGUGAAUCCUAGGACUCCUUAAUAUAUUUAUAAUUUUAAUUUAAUAUGUAAGAUCCCUAGAAGGAGAAUCCUUCUUCUAAGCAUUGCCAUAACUGUGAGUAAAUGCAAUGGAUUCACACUUAUUAAAAUUAAUGCGAUUUCUGAUAUGCGUUUAUAAAUUAUAUAAUCAUAAAAAAAAAAAAAACCACCAUAUCAAAUUCCAGAGUAAGACGUGAUAUAAUACCAUUAAUGAGAUUUUACCUGACUUUUGAUCAGGAAAAAUAUUCAUGAGAUUUUAGGUUAAUGACUGAAGGAUAUCGGUUCCUAUGUUGCAUAGGCAAUGGUUUGUAAAAGGAUGUAAAAUUGUUUAUAUUUGAUAUUUAUGAAUAUGUGAGUCAUGUGAUAACAUAAUUGCCUUAUUAAAGAAUACUAUUAUCUUUUCCUUUUUUCUUUUCUUUUUUUUAAUUGACCAUAAAAAUAAAUAGAAUACUGACUGCAAUAUGCAGAUAUAAUUGCAAGUUUUAUUUUUUUAUCUUGAGAAAAGCUAUUAUUAGAUUUAAUUAUCAUAAACUAUAUGUUUGGAUUCAUUGUAGAUACUAAUUCAUGGAAUUAAUAAUGAAGUUUUUAAAAUGCUAUUAUAAACAUGCAAACAUUAUUAUGUCACGUGUCAUACACAUCGUUUGCAAUGAUGAUAAUAUUCAUAAAUAAAGAUUUGUUCCCAAUAAUCUACUUGUUUAUAUAUUAUGUAUACACUUACAUAUAUUUAGCAUAAACGGAUGAUCUUCCAAUGUGUGUAUGUUAAUAAGUACUUACACACACACACACACAAAUAAAGAAACUACACUGAUAUAUCACUGCGCCAUCUAGUUUUGCAGGUACAUGGUUGAAGUUGUAAGCUGUUUUUUUUUGUAUAUAGAAGUUUGGGGAGCCUGCUUGGAUACGACUUAUAUGUUUGAUACGUAGAUAAGACCAAUAAUGAUUGGUAAUGACAUGAGAUUGAAAAAGUUAGAACGAAUAGAUAUCUGUAUUUGUUAUUUUUCAGUUACAUGAUGGUGUCACGAAUUAUUAUUUGCAAUUAUAUUUAUAUAUAUAUUAUGUGAUAUACAACCAGAUGGAUUGACAUUAACAUUGACUAAAGCCUCGUUAUUUUACUUCAUAGGAAGUUUUGUUAAUGAAAAUGCUAUU